AUGUCCCUAGUGCAACGGGUGUCUGCCAUUGACGGGGUGGAUAAUGUGGACGUCGUCGAGACGGCGAGUAUCCUCUCCACCCCCAUCCGGCGCGAAAUCAGCUACGAUGUCUUACCGCCGCCUCCUGUGGAAGAGCGCUUAGAUACGAAAGCGGCGACUCCGGCUUACAGAGUGUCAACCGCAAAGCGACUCGCUCAGGUGAUUGUGACGUUGUUGGCUUGUUGGUGCGCCUCUGGAAUCGUGUUCGGCUUCGCGGCGCUGAAGCCGGUGAUGAUCAAUGAAGGCGUGUACCGGAACCUGUGCACUGAGGCGGUGUUGCCCAAGGAGGGCAACGUAUGUAGGGCGCAAGAUCUUCGCCUAAACUUAUUCUUCAUGGUCGGCUCUAUCACGGCGAAUGUGUCCGCUCUUCCGGUCGGAACGAUCCUCGAUCGCUAUGGCUCUCGAUGGUGUGGUUUUAUCGGCUGCAUAGUUUUGGCCGCUGGUAGUCUGCUUAUGGCCUUUUCUUUCUCGGGUGGCGUGGACGGUUAUAUCGCGGCAAACUUGAUGUUGGCGUUGGGAGGCACGUUCAUUUUUGUCCCAUCUUUUCGAAUCGCCAAUGCGUUCCCCAAGUACACCGGAACUAUUGUCGCGCUUGUCACGGGCGCAUUCGAUGCAUCCGCAGCGGUCUACCUCUUCUAUCGUCUGGCGUAUGAGAAAAAUCCAGGGACCUAUUCCCCGGAGCGGUUCUUCCUGGCUUACCUAGCAGUACCCGGUUGUAUUCUCGUCGCAUUGCUUACGAUUAUGCCGACUCACGACUACCAAACCACACAACAGUUGCAAGUCAAGAUUGAGCAAGCCGAGGACAUUACGCAGGAUGUCCAUGACUCGGAUACCGAGAUUGAAAGCAAUUCAGAGCUGUGGCAGGUCCGGACGGACCGCGCGAAGCAUCGGAAGGAUCAACUACGCAAGAUCGACAAAGUCUUCGGAGACAAGAGGGAGCGUAAACAACGCCAGGAAUGGGAGGAAGAGCGGCAUGAAACGAGCCGGGUAUGGGGGGUCUUGCAUGGUUUACCGGCCCACGCACAGAUGAAGACACCAUGGUUCAUCCUGAUCCUUCUCAUGACAGUCCUACAGAUGUUGCGCAUGAAUUAUUUCAUUGCAACCGUGCGAUCGCAGUACGAAUUUAUGCUCCGCUCAGAGCGGCAGGCCGGAACGAUCAAUGACUUCUUCGAUGUUGCGUUGCCUGUUGGGGGGGUGCUUUCCACGCCCUUUAUUGGGCUCCUGCUUGAUAAUCUCAGUGUGCCCGCUACGCUGGCAGUGAUCGUGCUCCUGACCACAACUACCGGCGUGUUGAAUUCUGUGCCCGCUGUAUGGACGGGCUAUCUGACUGUCAUCCUCUUUGUUCUCCUAAGACCAUACUACUACUCGGCAAUGUCUGACUACGCGACUAAAGUCUUUGGCUUCGGAACGUUCGGCAGAGUUUAUGGAACGAUCAUUUGCUUUUCCGGCCUCGUCAACUUCGCUCAAUACUUGUUGGACUACCUAACGCACGGUCCGUUCCACGGCAACCCAAUCCCAAUUAAUAUCUUCCUUGCCACAGCUGGCCUCGUUGUGGGUACAACCCUGGUGACCUUUGUAUAUAUCGCGGAGGAACGAUGGAGGGAAGAGAGGCGAGCGGAAUGCGACGAAGAACGGCAGAGACUGAUCCCAGAAGAGGAGGAGGAAGAGCAAGCUUGA